CUCAGUUGUCGGUGAGGCCGGCUGGGCGGAUCCUCACUUUUCAAAGAGAAAAUAAAGCAACACAAUAAAAACAAAACAAAAAAAUAAUAAUAUAUUUUUUUUUUUAAACAACCUUGGUUAUUGCAUUUCUCUCGUGAAUAAGCUUCCCCCAGUGGAUACAUAGAGCAUAAAGAUGCCCUCAGCAAUGAAUGGUAACAGGACAGUGCAGUCGGCCAGCCCAGAUGUGGGAUCUGCUCCUGGACAGAUCACCUUGGGCGGAGGACAGUCCUCUGGGGCCCAGACCGAGGCAAUGAAGCAAGUCCUGGGCGUCGUCGACAAGAAAGUCCGGAACAUGGAGAAGAAAAAGGGCAAGCUGGACGAUUAUCAAUCGAAGAAGAAUAAAGGGGAACGUCUCAACCAGGACCAACUGGAUGCCCUGACCAAGUACCAGGAAGUGACUAAUAACCUGGAGUUUGCCAGGGAGUUACAGAAGAGCUUCCUGUCCCUGGGACAAGAUAUCCAGAAGGCGGUGAAGAAGGCAGCGCGACGGGAACAGCUCCAGAGAGAAGAGUCUGAGCAGAAGAGGCUGAAGACUGUGCUAGAGCUCCAGUUUCUCCUGGACAGGCUUGGAGAGGACAGUGUGAGGCAGGAGCUGAGACAGGGGGCUGCCAGUGUUGACACACCCUCACUCCUCACCGACACGGAGCUCACUGCCCUGGACGAGCUCUAUAAACUAGUGGGACCAGAACCAGAUCAAAACACCAGAUUUACUGACCAGUACGAGGAGGCUUCUCAACACCUCAUGGAUCUGUUGGAGGGGAAGGACAAAGCAGUGGCAGGAACUACGUACAAAGCUCUGAAGGACAGCCUGAACCGAGUGCUGCUAAGUGGGUACUUUGACCAAGCCCAGUCUCACCAGAAUGGAGUGUGUGAGGAGAGCGAGGAGCAGGCCGUCGCUCUAGUGGAGGAGACCGAGGAGAAGGCCGUAGUGGAGGAGACCGAGGAGAAGGCCGUAGUGGAGGAGACCGAGGAGAAGGCCGUCGACCCAGAGGGCGAAAUAGUUGAAGAGUACAUAGAGCCCAUUGAGGUGGAAGCUACAGAGUUCGUUAACAGACAAUUCAUUCUAGACACCACAUACAGCGACAAGGAGCAAGGAGAUGAGUGGACCACUGAAACGGAGGUGGUGAGUACCAUCCUGCAACAGCCUGUACAGUCAGCCCCUCCCCCUAUCACCACAGAGGCCCAAUCCCUGAACAGGACCACGCCCCCAGGCACACCCCCUGCAGACCCGGUGGUCAGGAAGCAGGAGGUCCAGAACCUCUUGUCACAGAUGCAGGGCCCUUACAACUUCAUGCAGGACUCAAUGCUGGAGUUUGAUGGGCAGCCCAUCGACCCAGCCAUCGUAUCGGCCCAGCCCAUCGACCCGGCCAUCGUAUCGGCCCAGCCCAUCGACCCUGCCAUCGUAUCGGCCCAGCUCAUCGACCCUGCCAUCGUAUCGGCCCAGCUCAUCGACCCGGCCAUCGUAUCGGCCCAGCCCAUCGACCCAGCCAUCGUAUCGGCCCAGCCCAUCGACCCAGCCAUCUUAUCGGCCCAGCUCAUCGACCCAGCCAUCGUAUCGGCCCAGCCCAUUGACCCGGCCAUCGUUUCGGCCCAGCCCAUCGACCCGGCCAUCGUAUCAGCCCAGCCCAUGAAGCUUCCAACACAGAACAUAGACCUGCCUCAGAUGGGCUGUCCCCCAGCCCACCCAGAAUCCUGCUUCUCACCACACACUGUUUCUGUACAGCCUGAGGCCACACAAGUCCCCAUGGUGUCCCCCACGCCCGAGGUCUACUCCACGCCGCCUCCCAUGUUCCACUCGUCACACGCGGCAGAAUCCCGACCGCAGACCGAGUCCAUCGACACCAUCCAGGUGUCCCUGUCGUCAGAGCAGCCCCCUGCCUCCUCCUCUCAGACCCAGGUCUUCCAGUCUGUCAACGGCCCCAAACCCCCACGCAGCUCCGGCAUCAAUGUCAACGCAGCACCAUUCAGGUCCAUGCAGACAGUAUUCAACCUCAACGCCCCUGUCCCGCCAGCCAAUGAGACGGAAGCCUUGACCCAGGCCAGCCAAUACCAGAACAGCUACAGCCAACAGGGCUUCAGCAGCCAAUCACAGCAGACGGAUAUGCAGACAGAACAGCUGCAGUCUGUGGUUAGUGCCUUCCACUCCCAGGACCUAUCCCUGCCCAGCCAGGACUUGUCCCAGAGGCAGCAGCUCAGCCAGCAGGGUACAGGGUUUGGCCCUGGGGCCAGUCACCAGGCUUUCUACAACAGCCGAGGCAUGACCCGCGGAGGGCCACGUAAUGCCAACGGCUACAGAGGGUGUGACAGUUACCAGUCUGCCUUCACCAACACUCCUAACUCUGGAUACCAACAGGCCCAGUUCAACACACCUCGGGACUACUCCAACGGGGGCAACUACCAACGGGGGGACGGUUAUAAUCAGGUAGACCGUGAAAUGCUGAAUCAGAACUACAAACGUGGUGCGGGUCAGGGACCCAGAGGUGUGUCUCGAGGAGGCAAUGCCCAGGCCAUCAGGUCCUGAUCGGGCCUGUUUGACUGACUCCGACUGCUGGUUCCAACUCACUCCUUGUCCUCUUGGCCCUAACAUUUCAAUGUUUUCAGAUCGAAGGGAUCACACGCACCGUACUGAAUGUUGAUCUGCUGUUUGUUCAGCGACCACCUGAGCGCUGGUGGACAUGUGACAUUUUCGCGUGACUCUACGUGUAAAAUCUGUUUGCAGUCAGCACUCUGAACAGAGGUGUUAAGUACUCUCAGCUGGAAAAAGCUACUGGUCUGUGAGCCUUAAAACGUCUGGAGAUGUAAAACCGGUGUAGUGGUAGACUGAUUUAGGUCUCUUUUUUUGUUGUUGUCCUGAGUGGGACAACGAUGCAACAAUCGCAUGUGGAGUUUCCACCAUAUUGCGUCUUACAGAUCUGUAAAAAAAAAAACAAAUGUAAGGGUCUAAGGUGGUGGUGGGGGGUGGUGGUGUAAGGAGCGAAUUGGGACAGGUUUUGACUGAGCGACAACAUGCCACACUUAUUCAAGAUAUCCAGAAUGCAGUUUGCACCCACCUCACUUUUUAUUUGUCAUGUGGUCCUCAUUAGAUUAAAAAACAAUAAUAAUAAUUAAAAUCCUGACUUUUGGAUCAGUCAUGCCUGCUUUGACAUUUAAAUGAAAAAAAUAUUUGUUUUAAAAGGAGUCUGAAUAUACAAGCCAAGCUGUAAAUCCGACAAAUGGUUUUAAGCAUUCCCUGUUUUGAAACAAAUAUUCCUGUAAACUUGAAAGUUUUCAUUUUUAUGAAAUAACACACACACACUCUGUCACUGCUGGUCCGAGCCCCCAGGAGUACUUCUCUGUUCUCUUGCCCAGUCCCCCCUCCCACAUAAUGUGAUUCUGGGUUCUAAAAAAAGUAUUUUGUUUUUAAUUGUUUUUUAAAGAAUCUCUCAAUUCCUCAGUUUGUAAAUUGAUGUUGCAUCGAAGGGUUUCAAUAAAGAUGAUGUUGCUUUAUCCUUGA